CGCAAAUGGCUGAAAAUUAAUAGUAAAAUUGGGGUGACAUGACAUCAGACGAAGACAACGAUAAACCAAAAAAUGCUUCUGAUGAAGAGGAUAACCGAAACAAGAAAAGAUCAAAUUACAAAGGCAACAACAAUUAAAGAAAUAACAAUAAAAGAGGAUACAGAGAUAACAAAGAUUAUCCAAGAUAAGAAAAUGAUCAAAGAGACAAUAAGGACAAUUAAAGGAAUUAUAAAAAUAGAGAUAACUAUAGAGGUGAUAGAAACGAGAGAGGAGACAGGAAUGACAACAAUCAAAGAAGAAAUUAUAAAGAUAACAAUCGUAAUCAUUUUAGUUUAAUAUUAGGAUUUAUUGAAUAAAAGAAAGAGUAGCUCGCUAAUUUUACUGGGGAUAAUGUCAAUAUUCUCAUUCAUCUCUAAAAUCUGAAAUUGAAUGAGGAUUAAAUUAAGGAAGUCUUGAAAGACAUAGUCAUGAACAAUUUCUCAAUCCAUGACGAUCAAGCUAGAUUUGAUGUAGAUAAGGAUAAUGCUUUAAAAUUACUUGAUGCUCAUAAAUUAUAAAUUGUAAUCAGAUAACAUAUAAAUUUAUUUAGGAAGUUGAUGGAAAGACUGAAAGAAUUUUUAUGAAAAUAGAUUUUGAUAGGGACAGAAAUUAUGGAAAUAAAGGAAAGUAAUACCAUAAGCAACCAAGAUAAUUUAAUGAAGAAAACUAAAAUGACUUUGUGCACAAAAGAAGAGAUCAAUAGUUUAGAGGAGGAGACUAUCAAAAUAGAAGAGGCAAUAAUUAUCAAUAAUAACAUUAAAAAGUCUAAGAGCCUCCAAAGAUUCUCAGGAACCCUUCAUCACGAGCCGAUGAAAAUAAUGUAAUUUUGCUUAUUAAUCAUCAGGCGUAAUAACCUUAAGCUACGUAAAAUAUUGACCAAACACCUACAGACGAUGGAGAAAAGAAGGUUGAAUAAGUGGAAAAGGUAGAGAAAUAAUAAGAACCUCAAAUUCCUACUGAUGAAUAAUAAUAAUAAAUGCAAUAAUAAUAAUAAUAAUAAUAAUAGUAAUAAUAAUAAUAACAAUAAUCAUAAUCAUAAUAUCAAGAAUCUAAUUAAAGAAGGUAUAACAAUUAUAGAGGAAAUGACUACCAAAAUAAAAAUUAUCAUAAUAAUAAUUAUCAUAAUAACUAUAAAAAUAAUUAUAGAAAUAGAGAUCAAACUAAUCAAGAUGAGAAUGCAGAUUAAUAAAAAGAUAACAAUCCUGACAAUUAAUUCAGAAAUAACAAAUAAUAUAGAGGGAAUAAAUAUUAAAAUAGAGAUUAAAAAAAUUUUUAAAAUGAUAAUGAUUAACCUGGAGACUAAAAUGAUGAAAAUAAUAGAGCAUAACAAAGAGGUGGAUACAAAAACUAUGAAAAUAGAAAAGACUAUUACAAUAGAGAUAAUAGGGAUUAUAAAAGAGAUAAUAGAGAUUAUAGAGAUUAAAGAGAAAACCCUGAUAAAAGAGAACCUUAAGAAUUGAUUGAGAAUAAAGAAUAGGGAGAUAAUAAGGAAUAGAAAGAUAAUAGAGAUUAGGGAGAAAAUAAAGAUUAAAGAGACAAUAAUGGUCAAAGAGAAAAUAGAGAUUAAAGGGACAAUAGAGAUUAAAGAAAUAAAUGGGAAAAUAAAGAUUAAAGAUAUUAAAGAGAUAAUAGGGAUUAUGGAGAUAAUAGAGACUAAAGAUAUCAAAGAGAUAACAGAGAUUUCAGAGACAAUAGAGAUAAUAGAGACAAUAGAGAUAAUAGAGACAAUAGAGAUAAUAGAGAUAAUAGAGACAAUAGAGAUAAUAGGGAUAAUAAAGACAAUAGAGAUAAUAGGGAUAAUAAAGACAAUAGAGAUAAUAGGGACAAUAGGGAUAAUAGAGAUAAUAGGGAAAAUAGGGACAAUAGAGAUAAUAGAGAUAAUAGGGAUAAUAGAGACAAUAGGGAUAAUAGAGACAAUAGGGAUAAUAGAGAAUAUAGAGAUAAUAAAGACAAUAGAGAUAAUAGAGACAAUAGAGAUAAUAGAGAUAAUAGAGACAAUAGAGACAAUAGAGAUAAUAGAGAUAAUAGAGAUAAUAGAGAUAAUAGAGAUAAUAGAGAUAAUAGAGAUAAUAGAGAUAAUAGGGAUAAUAGGGAUAAUAAAGAUAAUAGAAAUAAAUGGGAUAAGAGAGAUUACUAAGAUAAUUAUGACAACAGAGAGCGAAGAGAUAACAAUUAUAGAGAAAAAAGAGAAAAAUGGGAAAAUAAAGAUAAUAAGGAAUAUUAAGAUAAUAGAGGAAAUAGAGAAAAUAAUAAUAAAGGUUAUAGAGACAAUUAAUCUCAAAGAGAUAAUGAUAGAGAAUAGAAAGAUGGAUAAAAUCACGAUCAAGAAGAUCAAAAGAGAGUAAUCAAUAGAGAUAGAAAACCUCAUGUAAAUAUUUAAAUAUAUCAUAGAAUGAACUUUAAGAUUUUGCAAUUGCUCAUCACCAUAAUAAACAAAAGAAAGAAUCUAAAAAGUAAUAAAUAAAAUCUUAAAAUCCAUUCGAAUUAUUAAAAAAUUGA